AAGAAAGAGCGAACCAUCCAAACCGGAAAUUAUAACGGAGGACGUUGCUGAAGCUUUGGAUCGAGCAAAACUUUCCGAUAGACAGGCAUUAAAGAUCAUUUUACCGGUUAUGGACGCUAUGGGCCAAGAUCCUGCCGACGUACCAAUUUCAAGAUCAACAAUUAGCCGGAAGCGGAAACAUGCGCGAAAAGCCAUCGCCCAAAAAAAUCGAAAGGAGUUUAUUCCGGCUGACCCGAUGGUAGUCCAUUUCGACGGGAAAUUGUUGGAAAAUCCGAACGGGUCCGGAAAAGUUGAGCGAUUACCGACACUAGUGUCUUGGGACGGAUCCGAGAAAUUACUCGGCACUCCAGCACUCGUCAAAGGCACAGGUGAUUAUUACAAACUUCUGAGUAAUAAGCUUAUUUUUAUUUUUAAUGCUUAUUUAAGGCGAAGAAGGAGGCAAAUCAGUUUACGGAUUGCUGCGUAAGUGGAAGUGCGAUAAAUUUAUCCAAGGAUUGUGUUUUGAUACAACUAGUGUAAACACAGGACGAACUAACGGUAUUUAUAUUUUAUUUUUGUUUACUUUAUCAAUUAGAAAUUUUGUUUUUUAAGGAGUAUGUGCCAAUCUUGAAAAAUUGCUAGGACGAGAGCUACUCUGGCUAGCUUGUCGGCAUCAUGUGUUAGAAUUGCUGCUAUCUAAGGCCUUUUGCAUCUGUUUUGGACCCACAACAUCGCCGGAAACUAACCUUUUCAAGGUAUUCAAAGAAAACUGGCCUCUGUUUAAGAAGAAUUCACCGAAACCUAUGCGAAUCAAAAAACAUCAUCAAACUUUUCGAGAUUCCACGGUGCGAACUCUUAAGUCCAUCCGAGAAUGGCCGAGGAAUGAUUAUCGCGAGUUGUUUGAUCUAACUUUGUUUGCUUUGGGGGAAAAGCCGCACGAUUUUUCUUGGAAAGCGCCGGGAGCGGUGCACCACGCGCGAUGGAUGAGCAAAUUGAUUUAUGCCACAAAAAUAUUCUUGCUUCGCAAAGAAGGACAUUUGAUUGGACUAAAGAAAGAAGAUGAGAAAAAAAUCGAGCGGUUUGUUCUGUUUGGUUCGCUCAUCUACACAGCAGCUUGGGCAGAAGCACCACUGGCGACGGAAGCAGCCAUCAACGAUCUGAUGCUGUGGAAGAACCUUCAGUUAUUCAAAAAGACUGAUUCCGAAAUCGGUGACGCCGUAAGCAAGGUACUUGAAAGACACCUCUGGUACUUAUCGGAGGAUCUGCUCGGCAUGUCUCUGUUUUCUGUAAAGCUCUCACAUCGCGAAAAAGACGAAAUUGUCAGGGCCAUGAAGGCGAAAACCGCCAGCGCCGAAAGAUCUGUAACCGGCAGCAAAAGUGUUAUAAACACCAAGAACCCAUGUUUGGCCGACUUUGCAACCCAGAGAUCUUUGUUGUUUUUACCAAGAUGGAGAUAGAAGCAUCAUUUAUGGAAAGCCCAUCAGCGACAUGGCAGCAAAAUUUGAACUUCCAGAAUGGCGAAAAACGUGUGAAACAACUGAUGAUCGUUAAUGACCUGGCUGAGAGGGGCGUCAAAUUGUGUGAAGAAUACUGCAAAAUUUUAACCAAAGAUGACGAAGAGAGAGAGUUCAUUAUGCAAGUUGUUGAGAAAAAUCGAAAGUCCAUCAGCACAGAUUGCACAAAAAAGGAACUCAUGCUUGCAUUGAAGAGUGCAUGAUUUAUUACCUAAUCUUUAAUUGUUGACCUGUUAAUUGUUGAAGUUUGCGUUCAGUUAUUGAAUUAAAUCAUUAAAAAUGUUACGAAAAUAAUCAAAACAACACAAAAAAAGUCUUUACUUCUACAAUGAUAAUAGUCCUAAACUCUAUCCGAAAGUCUUGAUCUCAUCUACACCCUCCCAGAGCAUUUCAACCGGUGGUCCUAUCGUCCCAUGCACUAACACACUUGACACAACACAAAACCGUUCCAUAAAC